AUGCAAGGCCAUUAUUUGAGCAGGAAGAUGCCAUUUGCAGAUUUGCACAACGUGGCAAAACACGUCAUUCACCUUGCAGAAGCAGUCGAGGCAAUGCUGCUCGUUGCAGAGAGCCUUCUCGAGCACCUCCGGAGCGACAACGCUUCCACGACCAGUUUCGGCAGCACCAGCAGCUCUGGAACCAGCAGCACGACCCUCGGUACCGGUCCGAAACGACAACAACUGCGCGAGCGGGUCUCGUACUCCCGAUCUCUAUUCCGCUCGACCAGGCUGCGCCUCAACAGUCUGCAAAGGCGCGUUGACAACACUCUUACACUGGCGUUCAACGUGGUGACACAACAAGACUCUGUGACUAUGAUGCAGGACUCGAAUUUGAUGAAGAUCAUCGCGGCUAUAACAAUGCUGUUCCUCCCUACUACUGCAAUUGCUAGUGUCAUGGGCAGCCAGCUCUUUGUCACUGAGAAGGAAGGCGACAUCGUGACGGUGACAGCAUCGCCACUGUUCCGGACAUUUGGGGAUGUGGCAAUCCCCCUGACCGUGUUUGUGUGCUUGUCAGCAUUCAUAUGGCAUAGAAUAGCAAGGCGCGAGGAAGGAUUCAAGAGGCUCUGGCCAAGGCCACAGCCGCCGGCGCCCCAAGGUGUUGCCUAA